UCUAAUGAAGUAAACGCAUUUCAGAACUAGAGACUACUAGUGUUAGAUAAAUCAACGGCAUUUGCUUUUUCUAAAUUGUUCACAAUAAACAUAUUAAACGUUUUAUCUUUUAAUUGUUAAUGUACAGAAAAUUAGUGGCAUUUGUUGCAACGACACAUAGUAUCAAAUGUUUUGAUACACAAAAGUAAUAUCGAGCAAAUGUGAUUUUUGUUUUGUUUUAUUUUAUAUUAUUUUUAAUUUAAUUUUUCAUGGGUACACCUCGACCUUUCCACACGUGCUUAAACACCACCUAAACAUUUUAUUGAUUUUUACAGUUGACCGAUAUUUAACUGAUUUAAGCUCUAAGAUGUUGUUAGUCCUAAUUUAAUGCUUCGUUUCUUUUCAGUAAAUUCAGUGCUUUUAUUUAAAUAUAUGUAUAACCUCAUUAAGCUGAAUAAACCUGACACUUGAUGUGUGCAUAAUUAUGUAAGAUUACAUUUACCAGUGAAUCCCAGGGUAUAUGGUCAGACGAUGGAUGUGAGCUUAUUUCAACUAGCAAUGACGUCUCAGUUUGUGAAUGUGCACAUCUUACAAAUUUUGCUGUAUUGAUGAGCCCUAUCAAACAGACUGAAGAAUCGGCUUGGGAUCUUCGAGUAAUUUCAAUGGUCUGUCUUUCUAUAUCUAUACUUUGUUUGGUUGCAACCAUUGUUCUACACGUUACAUUCUGGAAACAGUUGAGAAGCGAGAGAACAACUGUGAUGAUUCAUUUAUGUGUAUGUUUAGUUGUGGCCUACCUUGUCUUUCUAAUUGGUAUCAACAGAACAAAACGCAAAAAACUUUGUACGGCUAUAGCAGUAUUUUUGCAUUACAUAUUUCUGGUAGUAUUUGGCAUAAUGUUUCUACAAGGAAUCCAAAUCGCCAUAGCUGUACAAUAUGUCUUCAAGACAAGGUUGAAUCUGAAAAGUCUUCUGGCAAUGGCAUGGGGUUUACCAGUUGUCAUUGUUGGCAUUUCAAUGGCUUCGUCAGAGCUUGAAGGCUACGGGAACAAGAAGAUAUGCUGGUUAACGUCUGACAAUGGGUUGAUCUGGUCAUUUGUUGGUCCGGCUAUUGCUAUUAUUUCUUUCAAUGCCAUAUGUCUAUGUCUGGUUAUACGUGCUAUAUGUCGCACAAGAGCAAUGCAGAAACAACCUGUUGGGAAAAGAGUAAAAACAAGCAUUUGGGCACUAUGCGUAUUGCUUCCACUUCUUGGUAUUACUUGGAUUGUCGAGGUGUUCUACAUUGAUGGUAACUCGGAAUUCCUCCAGUACAUAUUUGCAAUUUUAAAUGGACUACAGGUAGGACUUGUCAUAUACAUUUCAAGACAAAUUUCAUAUCUUUGCAAAAGGUAUUUUACAAAAUCUUGAGAAGUUAAGUGCAUAGCAAAAUAACCCACAUUUUUAUCCAGUUUAUUGUAACACAUUUACAAAAUCUAGGUAAAUGUAAACCACAUUAUUUGUCAAAUCACAAAAUUCAAUAAUAAACAUUGAUAAGAUAAGUGUAUGAAAAAAGUUAUUCGAAUAAGGUUUAUCAUAAUUUGUGUUAUUAACUAUGUCAUAGUACUAAAACGUCCCGGUUAAAUGAUAUUGUAAAAUAUCUGGCGAAAAAACCGGUCACGUAUACUUCUGUUUGCCACAUGCCACCUUGCUAAUCCACAUAAUCAAAGAAGUGUACAGUACCAAUUGUGUUAUAUUAUGUACUACAAGGGUAAUACAAUUUUAUCUUAAACCCCUGCUGUCUCGAUUUUAAUUACUGGUGACAAAUGAUAGUUCAAUCAUAGGACUUAUGAAUACGCUUUUGGAUCAUUGAAUUGUUAGUCUCGCAUAUUUUCUGUUAUCUUUUAUAAAUAUCAAAAUAUGUUUUAUAUGCACUUACAACUUGCCAAAAUUACUGUUUUACGGGUGACAUCGCUUGAAAUCACGUUGAUGAAAGCCUCUAAGUAUGAGAAUAUGAAUAGAAUAUUGCCCAUGGAAUUCGCAUUCACGAGUUUAGGAGUUUAUAUCUUUAAUAGUGACACUAGCUAACCUUUGUUCUCCUUUACCGAGUAUUUGUAAUUGAAGAUAUACCAAUUUGACGCAUUUCUACACACUUAAAUGCAACAGGUGUUUAAUUUUUAAUGCUUGUAUACGAAGCUUUCUAAUUCAGAAUCGAAUGCACCAA